CAGCUCUCCGCUGCGAAACUCGGCUGUGAAGUGUGGUCAUGUGACGGGCUAGCGAGCCCAGGCGAAGCACAGCCACACCGUUACAUGAGACCGAAUGCCAGCUUCAUUGAAAAAGCUCUGUUAUCGAGAGUAGAGACAGGAGGGACAGACGUUUUCAGUGUGCAGACACAAAUAACAACACGCAGAAAGCUCUGGGGAACUCGGGGAAAGGGACAUUUUCACAGCCUCAAGAACCUCGGUAGGAGAAAGCAGAAGACACAUCGUUUUAAAAGAUAAAUCAAGCGCAGUGGACACAGCCGGGAGUAGAUUAUUCAUUCCGAUAACUUCUAUAAGGGCAACUAAAAAAAAGAAAAAACUACCUCUCCGCCGUUUCAUAUUUUUGUUUUAUUUUUCCUUUCGUUUACUUUUUUCUUUAUUUUAUCACCUGUCCUCAGAAAAGCAUACAACCAGACAGAGUUGAAUUGCAGUGCAGUGCGUAAAGAAAUUGAACGCAACACCAGGAGACAGAACAGCUCACCGCAUUUAGCCUACCAGAAAAAUACAGUAUAUAUAUAUUUAUUUUGUACCGGCCUUGGUUCUGUUUGGGGCUGAUUUUUGUUAAUUUUUUUGGAAUAUGGUUGGGGAAAUGGAAACGAAGGAGAAACCGAAGCCUACCCCAGACUAUCUCAUGCAGCUCAUGAAUGAUAAGAAACUGAUGAGCAGCCUACCCAACUUCUGCGGAAUUUUUAACCACCUCGAACGGCUGCUUGAUGAAGAGAUCAGCCGUGUACGGAAGGACAUGUACAACGACACGCUAAACGGCAGCACAGAGAAGCGGAGCAGUGAGCUCCCAGACGCAGUGGGCCCCAUGGUGCAGCUCCAGGAGAAACUAUUUGUGCCUGUGAAAGAGUACCCCGAUUUUAACUUUGUGGGCCGUAUCCUGGGACCACGGGGGCUGACAGCCAAGCAGCUGGAGGCAGAGACAGGAUGUAAAAUCAUGGUGCGCGGAAAAGGCUCCAUGAGGGACAAGAAGAAGGAAGAGCAGAACCGCGGCAAACCCAACUGGGAGCACCUCAACGAGGACCUGCAUGUCCUGAUCACAGUGGAGGACGCACAGAACCGCGCUGAGAUCAAGCUGAAGCGGGCUGUGGAGGAGGUCAACAAACUACUGGUGCCUGCGGCGGAGGGAGAGGACAGCCUGAAGAAGAUGCAGCUGAUGGAGCUGGCCAUCCUCAACGGCACCUACCGAGACGCCAACAUCAAGUCACCUGCCCUUGCCUUCUCUCUUGCAGCGAACGCCCAGGCGCCCCGCAUCAUCGCCGGCCCCGCCCCCAUGCCCCAGAACGCCCUGCGCACUUCCACCCCGGCCGGCCCCACCCUAAUGCCCCUGAUCCGACAGAUCCAGACCUGCAUGCCCAACGGCUCGCCCCACCCGGGCGUCAUGACCCAGGGUCCCGAGUCGGGCCUCAUAUACGCGUCGCCCUACGAUUACCCCUACACGCUGGCCCCUGCCACCUCCAUCCUGGAGUACCCCAUCGACUCCAGCGGGGUGUUAGCGUCCUCAAAGGCCGAAGAGCUGCCCCUCUACCUGGGGUUUCAGACCUGUCACUUUCCCAUCACUGUGCAGCGAGGAGAGCCCUGCAACCGGCCUCCCUUUUAAAGAAACGUCCCUUCCCUCCCUCUUUCCCUCCACCCCCUCAAACAACACACACCCACCUCCUCAUCUCCCUCCUCCCUCCCCGCCACCACACGCUGGACUGGUUGAGGAUUGGCCCUCUCUGAGCAACCACAAGCCACAAGGGGAAGCCUUGGCCCUUCCUCUUUUAAUGUCUGUUCAAAGUGACGUGUGUGUUACUGAUCAACCCUUUUUGAUUUUCUGUCCUGAUGAUGAUGAUAUAUUUGUGUAUGAUGAUGAGGGAGAACUGAGCUCCACCUUGCUGCAGACCCCCCUUGGGGGCGCCCCCCUCUCUCUGGGUGUGGCUUGGGGGCGUCCUGAGGGGUAACAUGAGGACGGUGUGGGGUCAGAUGGGGUUGACAGAGAGGGCUUGCGGAGCCAAUGGAGGAGAUGGUGUGUGUUGGCGAUGGGGCACCUGCAGUUAAAGUGUCUAGGCUUCACAGGCUUUAUUCGCAAAGGGAUUUUAGGACAUUCUGUCCCGACACUGACAGUCUUAACUUCACUCUCAUGACAAAAUAUUCACAGAAUGAGACAUUCAGCUCAAGUGUAGCCCAAACGACAGUCAGUGAGUGAACAACAUAGCCCUUUUAUAUAACGCAUUGACUCAAACGGAGUGUCCUAAAAUGGCUUCGGGAAUAGGGGCCUGGUAGUGUGUUGCUUCUCAAAGGACAGGAACUCCUGGCACUAAUUCACCGUUCCCUUCCUUUAUUCAAUAGGUGUGGCUUUCCCCACGAAAGGCUAAAAGAGUUUCACGGAUCCUUACUGAGCCCCUCAUCCGAUCUGAGUUUUGACACACGUGCUUUUGUUUCACAGCUGCCUUGAGUGUAAUGAACCAAGAGCCGGGCAGACAGACAGACAGACAGACAGACAGACAGACAGACAGACAGACAGACAGGCAGGCAGGCAGGCAGGCAGGCAGGCAGGCAGACAGACAGACAGACAGACAGACAGACAGACAGACAGACAGACAGACAGACAGACAGACAGACAGACAGACAGACAGACAGGCUCCCUCACUACUGAUGUUUACACCGGCCAAACCUCCCCGAAGAGGCACGGGCCUUAACGCCAUGCAUUAUGUGUGAGUGUGUAUGUGCAUCCUGUACACACACUCAUAUAAGUAUAUUUUCGCAGACCUACGGUAUGAGACUGUUCCACUGACUGCUAUGUCUGGGAUUGAAAAUCUAUACAAUACUGUCACGCUUUACUAAUCACUUAAUUCAUUGCCUUUUUUUCUACCUAUUCUUUUAAUUUUUUUUAUUUUAUAAGAGAUGUUCAUUUUUUUUUACUACUGCAAAUGUGCCUAAAAGCUUUCAUCUCUGGGCUUUAACCAGAGAGUGAGUGAUCAGUAUUAUAUUUAAAACGAAUAACUGAAGAGAUGCACUUCCUGAUGCUCAACCUGAGAUUAUGUGACUAGUAAAGCUCCCCUCUGUGUGUGUGUGUGUGUGUGUGUGUGUGUGUGUGUGUGUGUGUGUGUGUGUGUGUGUGUGUGUGUGUGUGUGUGUGUGUGUGUGUGUGUGUGUGUGUGUGUGUGUGUGUGUGUGUGUGUGUGUGUGUGUGUGUGUGUGUGUGUGUGUGUGUGUGUGUGUGUGUGUGUGUGUGUGUGUGUGUGUGUGUGUGUGCAUAAAUGCCUAAUUUCUGCAAAUUUGUAACAAGGACUCAAGAAAACAAUGGAUCCUUACAGUCAAGGUUACUCCAUAGUCACAAAUGCUACUAUGUCCAAGAGUUCUCCUUGUUACGAUGAAGUAUAUGAGUAUAAUUUGUGCCUUAACAUGUAUUUCUAAAGAUUUUUUCCUAAUUGUGUUACGUGUUUGGUCGUAUAAACCUUGAUGAUAUGACGAAUUGACUUGAUGGAAACGGCGAAGGAGGAAAUGACCUAAUCCUUGUUUUGGUCAUGUUGUCGCAAUCCGAGCAGGUGCAGUGACUACUAAGGUUCGAAGGCACGAACUGCGGGUCCAUCCUUACCAAAGGAUAGUGACCGCAGACCGAGGUUAGUUUAGCUCUUAUGCAUUUGUGUUUUAUUGCCAAUGCCUGCUCACUGUUGGUCCUGAUCUGUUUUGCAACAUGUACAAAUUGUUCAGCUCGUCGUUCCGGUUUGUGAUGUGAUGCAACAUACUGCGCACCCUUCCUCGUCGUGGCCUCUGAGAAACAUUUAUUUGGAAUACAUUUGUUCUCAGAGUGCGUACGUGGAGGGCUGUACAAGGUGAUUCUGAGAACUAGUGACCACAACACAGUAGCCAAAUGAUGCUUUUGCUAUCUAGGUAGAGACACAAACAUACACACCUGCAUUUAAAAAAAAAAAAAACUACUCCAUCUCUAUUAUUUCGAUGACUUUAUGAAUCUGACAUGAUGUCGAUGACAAAUAAUGGACGAUACCCCUUUAUUAAAAAAAGAAGAUCAAAUGACCUGUAUUUUAGUUUCCCCCCCCUCCGUUCAACGAGGAGGUUGCAAUUUUAUUUCAAAUGCACUUAAGUCUUCAGCUUCUUACGUGGAUAAUGUAGCGUUUUAAUCGAUAAAUUAUGUCCAUUUGUAUUUAUUUGUUUGAGGAAAUGAAUGUUUUGAGAAUCUGACCCGUUGUAUUGUCAAGGACAACACAGAAGUGUAAACCUGUCAUGUCAUAUAUAUUUUUUUUCAUCUCCCCAUUUUUACUACAGUAUUUUUUUUAAGUCUCAACAACGGCGUCAUAAGAAAAGAGGGAUGGACACGUGGUAGGCUAUAGACUGGAAAUUGUUUUAUUCUGCAGAUAAGGUCAACAAACACAACAGUCAGAGCUUUCGCUCUCUAAAGUCCACAUGAGUCACACCUUCUUCUCGAAGUCCUUGUAAUACUCCCACUGAAUACUGAGAAUAUUUAAGUCAUUAGAAUAACCGAGGUAGUAAACCAGAGAAGAAACCAUUUGUCAAAUUACGCGAGCAACAAGGAAUUUACGGGGUCUGUUCUCUAUCAGUGCCUUUUCUCUGUUUUAUCCUUAUACCCGUGGUGCUUAAUACACCAAGUGUGCCUUGUACACAUACACCCACACUGUGUAUCAUCACAUUUCACUACAGAUCAUUCCUUGUACCCAAUCAAGCAAGUGUUUGCAAUGUGCCAGAAAAUAGGAUGCAAAUGCCAAUUGAAAAACUGCCUACAUUUUUUGGAUAAAUCAACCUACAUUUUAGUACAUACGUUGAAGUUGAAAACCCAGUGAAAUUGAUUCAAUUGUAAUACUGUUUAAAUAAGUCCAAUUCACAAAUCACCUUUUUUUUUGUUGCUGCUAGAUGAUGUGGAACAAUUAACAUAUAUAAUUAACAGUAUAUGUAAACUGGGUCUAAGGAUAUUCAGGUUUCGGCACUGUAGCGCUGUCUGUGAAUUGCCUCUGAAAACUUGAUAGCUCAAAUCUGCCCUAAAACAAAUAAAUUAAUAUAAAAAUAACUGUAAUAUGGAGUUACUUAAGAAGUGCAUAUUAUAUAAAGGGUAUUAUUACUAAAAGGUCAAACCUUAAUCCAUAAUGAUAAUACAUGAUAAUAAUGGUAACGGAUAGGUUACUGACAAAUUGAAUGACAAACCAACAUCCGAUGAAAUUGCACAAAAGCCUGUAUUCAAUCGACCUCUUCAUACGUUUGGCUCCCACACUCUGAUGAACAGUUUUACACCAUUAAAAUUUUGGUUUAUUCAAACAUUACGGUAACAUUUACAUUUACAUUUAAGUCAUUUAGCAGACGUAAUAUGAUUGACGUAUCAGUGCGGUUUGGGGGGUUGAACCAUGAGGCAGGGGGGAUUGAGUGCAGGCCAACCGGUCAAGCCUGUGUGCUAGAGGCAGGCUGACUGGUGGACGCAGGGAGGAAGCUAAGAUGGCGUCUGAGAUCUGGGCCUUUUCAUCAGCUCAUAUUGGCAAAGCUGUUGAACGGUCCCAAAAUGGUAAAUACACUAUCGAAUGAGUACGUCAAUUGGGGUCUAGAGAUUUACAGUGCCUUCAGAAAGUAUUCACAAACUGAAUUUAAAAUGAAUUAAGUUGAGAGGUUGUGUCAGUGAUGUAGACAAUACCCCAUAAUGUCGAGGUGGAAUUGUUUUUAGAAAUGUUUACAAAUUAAAAAUGAAAAGCUUAAGUCUUGAGUCAGUAGGUAUUCAACCCUUUUGCCUAGUAAGCCUAGUAAUAAUAUGCUUAACAAGUCACAUAAGUUGCAUGGACUAUGUGUGCAAUAGUAGUGUUUAACAUGAUUUUUAAAUGACUACCCCAUCUCUCUACCCCACACAUACAAUUAUCUUUAAGGUCCCUCAGUCAAGCAGUGAAUUUCAAGCACAGAUUCAACCACAAAGACCAUGAAGGUUUUCCUAUGUUUCGCAAAGAAGGGCACCUAUUGGUAGAUGGGUAAAAAAAACAGACAUUGAAUAUCACUUUGAGCAUGGUGCAGUAAUUAAUUGUACACAUUUGAUGGUGUAUCAAUACACCCAAUCACUACAAAGAUUCAGGCCCCCUUCUUAAAUCAGUUCCGGAGAAGAAGGAAACCGCUCAGUGAUUUCACCAUGAGGCUAAUGGUGAUUUUACAACAGUUACAGAGUUGAAUGGCUGUGAUAGGAAAUAACUGACGAUGGAUCAACAACAUUGUAUUACUAACAUAAAUGACAGAGUGGAAAGAAGGAAGCCUGUAGGAAAAAAAUAUUCCAAAACAUACAUCCUGUUUGCAAUAAGGCAGGCGCUAAAGUAAUAGUGCAAAAAAAUGUGGCAAAGAAAUACACGUUUUUUCCUGAAUACAAAGCAUAAUGUUUGAGGCAAAUCUAACCUAACACAUCGCUGUGUACCACUCUUCAUAUUUUGAAGAAUGAUGUUGGCUGCAUCAUGUUAUGGGUAUGCUUGUCAUCGGCAAGAACGAGGGAGUUUUGUAGGAUAAAAAUAAAUGGAAUACAGCUAAGCAUAGACAAAAUCCUAGAGGAAAACCUGGUUCAGCCUGCUUUCCACCAGACACUGGGAGACAAAUUCACCUUUCAGCAGGACAAUAACCUAAAACACAAGGCCAAAUAUACACUGUUGCUUACCAAGAUAACAUUGAAUGUUCCUGACUGGCAUAGUUCAAUUUUUGACUUAAAUCGGCUUGAACAUCUAUGGCAAGACUUGAAAAUGGCUGUCUAACAAUGAUCAAUGACCAUCUUUUUAUUAAACCCGGUAAGUUGACUGAGAACACGUUCUCAUUUACAGCAACGACCUGGGGAAUAGGUUUAGGGGAGAGAAGGGGGAUGAAUGACAGCACACUACACAGGGCAAUGUCCCCAAUCACUGCCUUGUGUUAUUGGGAUAUUUUUAUUUGGGGGGGGGACAAGAGGACAGAGUCCUACACCACUUCCAGCAGCAUCUGGUGUCCUAUCUAGGGACUGACCCGGACCAACCUUUCUUAGCUUUUGAGGCAAGCCAGCGGUGGGAUGCAGGGUGGUAUGCUGCUGGUUAAAGCCAGCGGUGGGAUGCAGGGUGGUAUGCUGCUGGUUAAAGCCAGCGGUGGGAUGCAGGGCGGUAUGCUGCUGGUUAAAGCCAGCGGUGGGAUGCAGGGCGGUAUGCUGCUGGUUAAAGCCAGCGGUGGGAUGCAGGGCGGUAUGCUGCUGGUUAAAGCCAGCGGUGGGAUGCAGGGCGGUAUGCUGCUGGUUAAAGCCAGCGGUGGGAUGCAGGGUGGUAUGCUGCUGGUUAAAGCCAGCGGUGGGAUGCAGGGUGGUAUGCUGCUGGUUAAAGCCAGCGGUGGGAUGCAGGGUGGUAUGCUGCUGGUUAAAGCCAGCGGUGGGAUGCAGGGUGGUAUGCUGCUGGUUAAAGCCAGCGGUGGGAUGCAGGGUGGUAUGCUGCUGGUUAAAGCCAGCGGUGGGAUGCAGGGUGGUAUGCUGCUGGUUAAAGCCAGCGGUGGGAUGCAGGGUGGUAUGCUGCUGGUUAAAGCCAGCGGUGGGAUGCAGGGUGGUAUGCUGCUGGGAAAAUGCUCUGGUGGUAUCUUGACAGAGCUUGACACAUUAUUUAAGAAUAAUGGGAAAAUAUUGUACAAUCCAGGUGUCUAAAGCUCUUAGAGAAAAAAACUCUUACUCAGAAACUCUAAGCUGUAAUCGCUGACUCUAACUUGUAUUGCACCGGGGGGGGGGGUUGAAUACUUAUCUAAUCAAGAUAUAUUACUCUUUUAUUUCCCAUUAAUAAAUAAAACAUCUUCCACUUUGACAUUACAGAGUAUUUUGUGUAGAUCAUUGACAAUCUUUUUUUCAAUUAAAUCCAUUUAAUCCCACUUUAUAACACAACAAAAUUUGUGAAAUGUAAAAGGGUUUGAAUACGUUCUGAAGGCGCUGUAUACAGUAUAUCCUAUUUAGAUUUUCCUCUGGACACUUUACAGUGCAUAAGAAAGCAUUUUACAACAGCUCUCAAUGAUACAGUUCUUAAGCUCUUAAUACAGUAAGAUUUACAAUAUUUUGUCAAUCUGGUAAAGAAGCCUUUCUUCUUUUCUUUACAUCUGUUUGAGUGUUGCUUCAUUUGAAAAGAGAGACUACAGCACAAAUCUUAUUUUGCACUGAAUUAUUAUUUUUUUUAAAGUCAAAAGCAUUCUUCAUCUCCUCUGCUGCAGUCAGAAUGGCAGAACCUCAGACGAUGAAAUGAAACAUAUGAUCUAAGCUGCAUACGACUUAAACGGACCACUGUGGAGUGGACAGAGAAUUCUAGGGUCCAUUUUGGAUGAGAAAUUGCCAGAGUGUGAAUGCAUUUACCAGAAAUGUUCCACUUGAGAAUUAAAAAAAAAAAAAAAAAUGUUUUACUGUAAAGCUUCUUUAAAUGUUUUGUUGUUGCAAAGAAAAUAGUAUUUACUUGUGGCUUCUUGAAAUAUAUAUAUAAAUAUAUAUAUAAAAUAUAAAGCAGGAAUGUAUAUGAAAUGUCAGAAAUAGCAAGGAUUAUUCUAUAGGGCUAUUUGUAGGAAAGACAAAUAUCCAUCAUAGCAGCUUUAUAUCACCACUUUAGAAAAUGUCCUCUAUUUUUGAAUAUAUUUUAGGGCUUUAAACAAAAGACAGGACCUUUUCAGUGUUUAUAUGCAAGUGCAUGUUAUAUUGUGUCCUGUGAAUUGUAUAUUGUCUCCUAAGCUGAGGGCACUGGCUGAAGUGAUGGCUUUGGCAUGCUCACAGCUUAACGUUUCAUGGCUAGUGUGCUAUUUUAGAAAAUACCAUGUAGUGUUGCUUUGUAUCAUUAAAGCAAAGAUUUUCAUGCUUGUUGUAAAUAGAAAACAUACUUUGAAAAGGCAAUAAAAAAAAUGAUAUUGAGUUUUUUUUUAUUUUUAUUAAAUGACAAACACCG